UUCUGCACUAGCAACUGUACUCAUUUUUGGAGACCACGUGCCAGGUGUGCAUGAUCCUUGCAUGUCGUCAAAAACCUAACCCUUUCAUUAGGCUUCAAACUCUGUGGAAGAUAUCAUAAAACAAUUGUACACAAAUAAAAUGAAGGGAGCAGAGAUUAAAAAACGUAAGGUUUCUAAAAAGACAAAAAAAUCCUGGAGAAAACAUGUCGACAAUAAAGAUGUGGAUCAGUUUUUGGACAACAAACGGUUAGAAGAACGUCUCGGUGCACCUUUUUCACGGAGAUCAGAUUCUGAGUUGUUUGCCAUUGAUAAAAUCCCAGAAAGUAAGUCCAGACUCACCACCAAACAACAGAAAAGGCUUGCUCUCCAAGCAAAAGAACCUGUUUGCUUCGCUCUCCUGAAACCGCACACGGCUGUUCCUGACCCCAUCGCCAAGAGGAAUAGAGUUAAGACUCCGGAAGAACGUAAGAACCCUAUAACUAGGCGUAUUCAAAAAACUAAGAGAUUGAAUGGUGAUUUGAAACUAAAAGAAAGAAAUGCAAUCAGAGACAGGGAACUGGCUGAUAAAAAAAGAUCUAAUAAACCAAAGAUCGACCAAUUUGAUAAAGAUAUAUGGCAGGAAGAAAAAAAGCUCCAUAUAGAUGUACAGAGCGAAUGGUUUACUUCAGAUACUAUUCGUCACACUUUGGCUAACACUGGACAAAAACAGAAGAGAAUUCCUUUAUCUCUGCAUAAAAAGACGUCUGUAGUACCAGCAGUCGAAGCUCCUCACCCUGGUAUCUCAUACAAUCCGUCAUAUACUGAUCACCAAGACUUGUUGGCAAAUGUUGCUAAGCAAGAACUAGAAUUAAUGAAAAAAGAAGCGCAUUUAAAUAGAGUAACAACCAAGAUGUUUAAAAAGGUAUCAGUUGAGAAAAAAGGUGAAAGCUGGAUACACGAAAUGUCUGAGGGAUUACCAACAAAGUCCAGUAAGCAAGAGCAAGCUUCUGGUUUGGAGGAUCAGGAUUCCGAUGUUAAAUCAGUAAAUCCACCGGUAAAGAAUGUGAAGAAAACUCUGAUUAAACGGCGAAAGCAGAAGGAGCAGCGAAAGCUUGCACUAGAACGAAAACAAGCCAAGGUUGAGAAGAAAAAAGUAUCAGAUAUAUAUAAGCUCAAAUCACUAGCGAAACAAAUCGCAGCUAAAGAAGCAAAGGAAGAGAAAUUAAGAAAAAAGCGAGAUAAAGUAAAAGCAUUGAAGAUAACUGAGCCUAAAAUGCUCAGCAAGACCAAAUUUGAAGCUCCAGAACCUGACUUUGAACUUGCUGAAGAUCUUACUGGUAAUUUAAGAAAGGCCAAACCAGUAGGUAAUUUACUUAAAGAUCGAUUCAAGUCCCUCCAGCAUAGAAAUAUCCUUGCGCCAGCCACUAGAGUUAUGAAACGCAAUAAGGCAAAGGUCAAGAAAUUCGAAAAAGCGACACAUAAAAUGGGUUGGGAAGACACUUUCAAAUAAUAAAAUUGUCCCUAACGAUGA